UCAUACUGAAGUGGUACAUCUUAUUCCAAGAUGUAAACAUGACAAAAAUGGUCAAGGCCAAAUAGAUCAAAUAUUUUUCUCCUCUGAUCGAUUGAGUGGGUUACAAAAUUAUGAUAGAGAAGGUAAUAAUGUGUCCUUAGAAAUGCCGCUGUCGCCAAGAAAACGACAGUCCUCAAGGGAAGUUUCCCAGCCGGGACCCAGCUCAGCAACAGCACUCAUUGCAAAGAACCAUUCAUUCAAACUUCUUAGAGGUUUGCAAGAAUUUCAUAAACAGGAGACAUUCUGUGACUAUGUGUUGGUUGCCGAGGGUCAUGAGUUUAAAGUUCAUCGUGUUGUCAUGGCGUCAUGCAGUGACUACUUUAAGGUCAUGCUCACUGGUGAGAUGAGGGAGAGCAGGGAGGGCAAGGUUGACCUGAAAGGUGUCUCUGCUAAUGGACUGAAAGUGGUUGUGGAUUUUGCAUAUACAGGAAUAAUGGGGCUAACGGUUGACAAUGUGGAGGAGGUCCUCUCGGCGGCGACACAUUUACAAGUUACUGAUGCUGUUGAACUCUGUAGUAGAUACAUCGAGUCUUCCAUAACUAUUGAAAACUGUGUUGACAUUUUGAACUUAUCUGAGCUGUAUUCAUUGACAUCGACACAUAGAGUUGCACAGGAUUUCAUGCUGGAAAAUUUUGAACUGGUCGCAAAAUCUGGUCAGUAUCAUAAAUUGACACAUAAACAACUUUCGCUACUGUUAGCAGAAAAUGGACUACAGGUUGCAUCCGAGUUUCAUUUGUUUGAGCUGGUACUGAGAUGGAUGAAGUUGAAAAAAGAGCGGGAACAGUAUGUGGCUGAGCUAAUGAAAAAUGUCCGUCUGCCACUGCUUUCUGGAGAGGAAUUGGUUGAAAAAGUGAGUACAGUUCCGCUUAUGAGAGACAACAAAGAAUGUCAUGAUUUGUUAACGGAAGCAAAAGACUACCAUAUUGUUGUCAGUAAACAGCCAUUGUUGCAGACAAGAAGGACACAGGUUCGAGCAGAUGUGAAAUGUCUAGUCAUGUGUCAUAAAGAGAAUCUAGAAUAUUAUAACUUUGCUAAUAAACAACAUGGCUUUCUUCGCGAUGCUACGAUACAGCUAAAUCAUCCAGCAGUUGUGGUUGUGGACAACUUCAUGUAUGCUUGUGGCGGGAAAUAUGAUUUCAAUGAAAAUAAUGAAAUUGCAACAGCAAGGUGUUUCAGAUAUGAUCCUCGAUUCGACACUUGGUAUGAGCUGACAUCUAUGAACGAAGCAAGAAAAGACUUUGUUCUGCUGGCUCAAGACGGAAAGUUGUAUGCUGUGGCGGGACAAGAUGAAAAUUUAGUCAUGUGUACCAUUGAAGUGUUCGAUAUUGCUACUAAUGAGUGGGAAGUGAAAUCAUCCAUGAAUCAUUCUGUGUAUGGUCAUGCAGGGGCAGUUUGCAAUGGAAAACUUUACAUCUCGGGUGGUCAGAAAUUUGAUGGCUGUUGUAACGAUCUUGAGCGAUACGAUCCUGUCACGGAUAUAUGGGAGAGACGUACCCCGAUGACACAUGCUAGACUGAACCACAACAUGGUCACCAUAAACAACAGGAUCUACACAAUGUGCGGCAACAUUGAAGACAGUUACGGCUUUCCAGUCCCAGUUAUUGCCAUCGAGUACUACACACCGGACAAGGAUCAGUGGACGCUGUGUCAGAAAACUUUGAACAUACGUGAAGCAGGUGCUUGUGUUCUAGAGGACAAGAUCUACAUUGUUGGUGGUAUAAAUGGGGAGCACUAUUUCUCUGACCUAGUUCAGUCAUAUACCCCAGCCAAAGAUGAGCUUGAUAUAAUUGAAAAGUUUGCAACGAGGCUGCAUGGCCGUGCAUGUUGUGUGUUAACGUUGCCGCAAUAUCUGUGACUUUGGAAUAGUGAGAAAUCCAGUGUUUUGCACAUGGCUACAGACACACUUAGAUAAAUUGCAGGAUUUCUUUAUAAAUAGAAAGUCAAAGUAAGACAAAUAAGACCUGUUGUCUAAUGUUACAAAUGAUUCUCAUAUUCUGUAACAGCUUUUUUUUGUUGAUUUCUGUUUAACCCUUACAUGCUAAAUUUCUAUAAUGAACUUGUCUAUCUUCCAAUUUGGACAGUACCAUUAACUGUUAAAAGGGGUACUUACCAGUGCAGGCUGAUCAUGAUCUACACUGGUCGCAAAGGCAGAACCAAUCGUGUCCAGCAUGGUAAGGGUUAAAAAAUUGACAUAUCACAGAUAAUAUUCAUCAGUCUGGAGAACUAAAAAAUUCAAUAUUGAAAAAUAAGCAAAAUUUUCACAAAUACUUAGAGCAUUAAAAUGACUUUAAUGACUAGCAUAUGUGAUAGGUGUUGCACAUUUUAUUACCUCAUCACCUUGUUAGAUUGGUCAGACAGUGUCUGUUACUGAUUUGUUUGUUCGUGUCCUAUGCUUCAAGUGGAUCUUGUAGACUUAAUUAAAAUAUCUUUAACAAAUCCUACUGCCAUCAGGAUAUCUUUAGAGUUUAGGCCGAGGUAUGUUUUAAGUUCGCUUUUUGCAAAGUUAGGCAGAAAUUCACUCAAAACUUCUGUUACAGAAUUGAUGAAUCAAAUAGGCAUCUCAAAUUCCAAGGCAUCGAGCGUUUUACUUUGUGAUAACAGAAAUUCGACUUAAAAUGAUAUUUUGUGCAUGUGUUUUCGGGACUAGACUUGAAAAUGUCUUCGAGAUAGCCGAAAUUUUGAGAUAAACGAGUUUGAGAUAUCGAGUUUCAACUGUAUUUUGAACUGGAGAAAGCAAAAGAAGUGCUAUUAAAAUUUAAGCUUAUUUUUUUAUAAAAAGAAGUUAUAUGGAAAAAGGACUGUUUGUCUAAGAAAACAAUGGGAAAAAUAUCCCAUUUACAGUAGUAGUAUCAACUUCUUCAGCAUGUUAAUUAUUUAGUUGUUUCCCAUCUAUUGUGUUUAGUUAUAGUUCGUUGCAAACAAGUCGUGCCAUUUCAGUUUGGCAUUUUACAAGAAGCUGGAUCUCUUACAUUUGAAUGAUUUCCUAGGAUUCUAAUUUUUGUUAUGGAAAGUGUUAGAGGAAUAAAUGGGUUUUAAUAAUGAGUAAGGUAUUGGAUAAAAACAAUGAUACAUUUCAAAACGUUAAAAAAUCCACAGUCUAUGAAAGCCUGUCUCUUUCAAAAGUUUUGUUCUCCAAUUAGGAAAAAAGCUUGUUUAACAGAAUGGCAAAUUAUCAGGGUUUUUUAACUCACUAAUCUUCCUGUCAUGAGUUUCAAUUGAAUUUUGAAGAAGUCACUGACAAUGAAUAAUUAUGGUACCUAAUGAAACUGAUAGAAGUUAAAUAAUUUUUGCAGAGCACACAACAUUUGUGAUUUAGGCUGUUUAAGUUUUCUUCAAUUUUCUGAAGCAAAUACAUUAUUUUUUCAAACAAGCUGAGUUAUUGUGAUGACAAACUUGACCUAAAAUUUGUCUUUUCUUAGUAUUUUGGAUUUUAAAAUACGUGAGCCUUGUCUGCAUAAGACUGAGUGGUAUACUGAUGUUUGAACUUGUUAUUUAGAUCAAUGGUACUCUGGUGAGCAAUAUGGGUUUAGGUUUUUUUUUUUUUAGAUAUUUUGUAAUUUUAAGAUUGAUUUGUAUUUCUAAGUCUAGAUGUAAGCUUUUAGAAUUUUGAUAGUCGUAAAAAAAAUAUAGGCAUCGAGGUAACCCAUUUCAGAAUUAUAGAAUUAGUACAAAGCAUUGCAGAUGAAACGAAAUUUGGGUGUUGUAGUGUAGAAUAUCAGGCUUUUUUCAUUGUAGAUAAGUAGAUGAAUCAUCACUAAGAGGGGAUGUGCUUCAAAAGCUGAAGAUCUCAAACCAUUUUUAACAAACAUAGCAUAAUACAUCACAGCAAUAAAUUGUACUCAUUAUACAUUUAUAGUUCAAAGUUUUGUUUUAAUUUGCAAUGCAGUGUUUUGAUUUAUUUGAUUUUUUUUUAAAAAUGACAGGUAUGUUUUGUUCUUCAAUGCUUUUCUUUACCAUCGUACCAGGUUGACCAAGGGAUUUUUGUCCUAGAACUGACCAAGGGAACUUCCUCCCAGAUCACCAUUGUCCUCACAUUGCAUGGUUUAUUGUGUUUGAACUAUUGACGACUUUGGUUUGUUUUAGUGACAGAUUGGUUUGACUGAUUUUCAACUCUUGACGUGGCUUUUUAUUUUGCUUAAAUAAAGUGGCUACAUAAAUUGAAAUGUUUGGUUCUCACAUAACUUGGUUCUCAAUGAAUUGUGUAAAGUUAAAGGUAUACUACACCCAAAUUUUAUAUUUGAAAAUAUGAACAGUAAAUACAUGUAGCAUAUGUAAGCAUAAAGUUAACAAUUUUUUGUGUAUAAACAAUACUAUGCAUAAGUUUUAAGAUAGUACACACUAUAAACUGAACAGCUAAACACAGUAUAAAUGCGUACUACCACUAAAAACUGGAAGCUUUUUAUCAAUUGACUAUUAUUGCAUGAAAUGUGGCUCUAAAUACACAACUAUUUUAUAUAUUUAGUAAAGUUAAAUACAUUUAAUGAGGAAUUUCUACAUUUAAAGUAAAUAUCUAAAGAUAAAAAAUAUUGUAGUGAAAUGUCAGUGUUGGAUAUCUUUGAAGACAGACAUCUUAAUAUGGAUUAUUUUCUGUUGUAAAAGCUUCACGAGAACAAGUAUUCUGUGAGAAUGAACAUUUUAGUUUAUUAUGGCAUGUAUGGCAGUUACAGUUUAAGCUGUUGUGGAUUUUGGUUUUACUUGUUUUGAAUAUCAUCUUUAGCAAAGUAGAACUAUUCUUUGAUGUUGUAACUUUGAUUUCUUGUGAGUUUUUAGCAUUUUAAAAGAAAAUGACAAAAAUUCAGUUUUACGAGUAUCUGUCUUUAACCAAAAAUUUUGUAGAAUUUCAUAUAUUUUGGUUUAGUUAUAAUGCUUCAAUUCUAGCGCUAUAAUAUUCAAGAGUAUACUGUUUGUACAGAAAGUAAUUACACUGAUUCAGUUACCAUUUCAUGUAUUAAGGUUGAACUUGUACUAGAACAGUCAGUAAGAAAACAUGUUAACAUUUUCUUUUCUUUUGAUUGUUUUGGUCAUUUUAUCAUUUCUCCAUCAAUCAUUUUAUUCAAGUUUUGUUUUGAAACAAAUAAGGCAGCCUUGUAUCCUAUAGGUCCAAUUUGAUCACCUCCGUUUACAUGAAAUGAUAUGGGUAGGUAGAGAUGUUGUGUUUUUGAAUCAUUUGCAGUGAUGAGUGAACUAUGUUGUACCGGUAUUGCCUUUUAAAUAUUGUUUCAUUUUCAUGUAUUCAGCAGAUAUUCAGAAUCAUAUUUACAGGGAAAAAGAAGGCAUAUCAACAUAAAAUUUCAUACUAAAUUGAGGCUUGCCGAUGAAAUUGUUGUUAUUGUUUAUUUAACACAUUUGUAUAUGACUUACUGCCCUUAAAAUAAGUGAAUGCAAAAAUUUUAUUGCAUAAAUGUGUCUAAAUAGAACAGGGUAAAAAUGAAUAUUUCAUUUUUAGCUCAUCUGAUUUUUUGAAAAAAAAUGAUGAGUUAUUGUCAUCACUUGAGCGGUUGUCGGCGUCGGCGUCGGCGUUGCCUGGUUAAGUUUUAUGUUUAGGUCAGCUUUUCUCCUAAACUAUCAAAGCUAUUGCUUUAAAACUUGGAAUACUUGUUCACCAUCAUAAGCUGACCCUGUGUAGCAAGAAACAUAACUCCAUCUUGCUUUUUGCAAGAUUUAUGGCCCCUUUUGUACUUAGAAAAUAUCAGAUUUCUUGGUUAAGUUUUAUGUUUAGGUCAACUUUUCUCCUAAACUAUCAAAGCUAUUGCUUUGAAACUUGGAAUACUUGUUCACCAUCAUAAGCUGACCCUGUACAUCAAGAAACAUAACUCCAUCUUGCUUUUUGCAAGAAUUAUUGCCCCUUUUGGACUUAGAAAAUCAGUUUUCUUGGUUAAGUUUUAUGUUUAGGUCAGCUUUUAUCCUAAACUAUCAAAGCUAUUCCUUUAAAACUUGCAACACUUGUUCACCAUCAUAAGCUGACCCUGUACAGCAAGAAACAUAACUCCAUCCUGCUUUUUGCAAGAUUUAUGGCCCCUUUUGGACUUAGAAAAUAUCAGAUUUCUUUGUUAAGUUUUAUGUUUAGGUCAACUUUUUCUCUUAAACUAUCAAAGCUAUUGCUUUAAAACUUUCAACACUUGUUCACCAUCAUAAGCUGACCCUGUACAGCAAGCAACAUAACUCCAUCCUACUUUCUGCAAUAAUUAUUGCCCCUUUUGGACUUAGAAAAAUCAUUUUCUUGGUUGAAUAUUAUGUUUAAGUCAGCUUUUCUCAUAAACUAUCAAAGCUAUUGCUUUAAAACUUGCAACAGUUUUUCACCAUCAUAAGUGGACACUGUACGUCAAGAAACAUAACUCUAUCCUGCUUUUUGCAAGAGUGAUGGCCCUUUUUAGACUUAGAAAAUCAUGGGUAGGACAAUAUUUCUAUUAUACAAAAAAAAAUCAGAUGAGCGUCAGCACCCGCAAGGCGGUGCUCUUGUUAAAUAAAUAUUUCAGUAUGAAUUCAGGGAUUUGCACACAUAGAUUUUACUUCAGAUGUUUUAAACUUGUAUGAAGAUCAAAUGUAGCAAAUAUUGUCAAAAUGUAUAAUCAAGUACUGCAGUUGGAGAUAAAAAAAAAUUGAACUUUGAAAAAGAAAUCACUUUUUGAAUUUUACAUAACUGACCAAGUCUUGCCUUGUUAACCAGGUAUACAUUUACCUUAUUCGCAGUACCUUUUUAAUUUGUGGUUUCUGACCGAAUGCUAAUAUUUAUUUUCAAUCUCUUUGUUAAAUUUGCCACAACUUAAGUGUUCUCAACUUGCAGUAAACUUAUCCUGAUGUUAAGCCGUAAGGAUCAUCCUGCAAUUAACCCCUACCCUGCUAUAUUUCUAUAAUGGACUGGUCCAUCUUUCAGUUUGGACAGUACUACUUUUUAUUCAAAGGGGUUUUCAAUGAAAAUGUACUGACUGAAUAGCAAACAGUGCAGACCAUGAUCAGACUGCACGGAUGUGCAGGCUGAUCUUGGUCUGCACUGGUCGCAAAGGCAGAAUCAUCUGCCGCCAGCAGGCUAAGGGUUAACUAUUUGCUUUAAAAUCUUAGUGUCUCAAAGUUUCAGCUGUCAGUUGUCAGUAUGUUUUAAAAAAAAAUUCAAUGGCUUUUCUGCUUUCAAUGGCUUGAAUAAAAUUCAGCCAAAGGAAGCUUUGUAGUACUACACUAUCAACAGUUAAUUUUCUUGAAAAUACAAAGAUUUCUCAAGAUGUCAUUUCAGUACAUUAUAUAUUGUUGCUCAUUUUUUCAUCCUUUUAUUUACAUCCUGUAGAAACUUCCAAGCAUGUGAAAAAAUUCCUUUAGUCAAGCACAUUCCACCUUGGCACAUUGCAAACUUUAUUGUUCACAUGGAUAUUUAUACACCGGUAGUACUUUCCUUGUACACGUAAUAUAAAUUGUUUUAUUUUGAAACACACUUUCUUGAUUGCAGCAGCUUGUUGUUGUAACCCUUGUUCCAGGUUGUUUUGGUUUUUGAAAAAAUAAAAUUUUGGUGAAUUCA